GGGGUUGGCAAAACCCAGUGGUGCUUGUACAUAGCCAUCCUCUCAGUCCUGGCAAAGAAGAAGAGCAACUGCAAUAUUACAGUCAUGUAUAUUGACACAGAAACUGCUUUCAGACCUGAAAGAAUAGUUGAGAUUAUUAAUAACAAGUACCCAGAGCAUACAACAGAGAUUAAGGAGUAUCUCUCAAGGAUCUACCUUUAUCAGCCCAAAACAGUCAGCAGUCUCUCUGAAAUACUGGAAUCUCUUGAAGUUAUUGCUGUGGAGAAAGAUGUUGGUAUGCUGAUUGUUGAUUCCAUAGCAUCAUUAGCACGCAAGGAGAUACCAGCUACAUCCUCAUAUUCUAACAUAGCAAGGACCAACCAACUAGCUUCGUGGCAGCUAAAUUGAAGUGUAUUGCCCAGCAGCUCAA